CAUGGUUGGAGACAAUAAAACUUGUUCCAGUGACUUCACCCUCAUAGGGCUCUUCACUCAUGGUGCAACCUCAGGCUUCCUUUUCAGCAUAAUUUGUGCUGUAUUCUUCAUGGCCAUGAUAGUUAAUGGGGUCAUGAUCUUCCUGAUCCAUAUAGACCCUUACCUCCAUACCCCCAUGUACUUCCUGCUCAGCCACCUCUCCUUCAUUGACAUGAUGUACAUCUCUACCAUUGUGCCCAAGAUGCUGGUCAAUUAUCUUGUGGGCAAGGGGACUAUCUCCUUCGUUGCCUGUACAGCCCAGCACUUUCUCUACAUGGGCUUUGUGGGGGCUGAAUUUUUCCUGCUAGGACUCAUGGCUUAUGACCGCUAUGUGGCCAUCUGCAACCCGCUUCGCUAUCCUGUUCUUAUGAGCCACCGGGUCUGUUGGAUGAUCUUGGCCAGCUCUUGGUUUGGUGGUGCUUUGGACAGCUUCCUCCUCACUCCGAUCACCAUGAGUCUCCCAUUCUGCAGUUCCCGCAAGAUCAAUCACUUCUUCUGUGAAGCACCUACCAUGCUGAGGCUGGCCUGUGGUGACAAAGCUGCCUAUGAAAUGGUAAUGUAUGUUUGCUGUGUCAUGAUGCUGCUGAUCCCCUUCUCUGUGAUAAUUGCUUCCUAUGCCCGAAUUCUCAUCACAGUGCACCAGAUGAAGUCAGCAGAAGGGAAGAAGAAGGCUUUUGCCACCUGCUCAUCACACAUAAUGGUGGUGACCUUGUUUUAUGGGGCUGCCCUGUAUACAUAUAUGGUUCCCCAAUCCUACCACACACCGAUCAAAGACAAGGUCUUCUCCGCCUUUUACACCAUUCUCACUCCUUUGUUAAAUCCUCUCAUUUACAGCUUGAGAAACACAGAUGUAACCGGGGCCUUUAAAAGGGUCUUGGCAAGAUGUCAAGGGAUUCGUGGUGUGACACGGGAAGGAUUCUGA